ACUAUAUAAAUGCAAACAGACAACAGGUGACUAUCAUCAUGAGAUGGAUACGAAUAAUUUCUUAAAAUGGCUCAAAGAAAAGUUGCUACCUAACUUACCGCCGAACGGUAUAGUCGUCAUUGACAAUGCACCUUACCAUUCGACUCAAUCAAUAAAGGCCACGAGUGGAUCUCUCAAAGCUGAGAUGCAAAACUGGUUGCGUGAUAAUAACAUUCCGUUUGACGAGAAUAUGACGAGAAAGGAAUUGUACCCGAUAGUUUUAAGGACAAAGCCUCCAAAAAAAAUACGUCGUCGACGAUUUAAUGAACGAGCAUGGUCAGGACGUACGCCACCCUAUCACUGUGACUUAAAUCCGAUUGAAUAUAUCUGGAAUCUACUGAAGCAAAGGGCGGUAGACAAAAAUGUUAGCCAGUCAGAAAAAGAAAUAGAAAAAUUAACUAGAGAUGCGAUAAUUCCAUCACACCUUCCGACUGGAAAAAAGAAGUGAAUCACGUUGAAAGAUUACAACAGGAGUAUUGGGAGAAAGACCAGCUUGAAGAAGAAAAUGUUCGGAAAAUGAUUAUAUCCCUAGGCGAGUUCGGACAGUGAGAUCAGCGAUAGCGAUGAGGAGACAAUGACUGGCAUCGAGCCAAUCAUAUAUUCUGAAGAAGAUUUUUAGUACUUACUUAUAUUAUGUAGUUUUUUGUAAUAAACACUUCUUGUUCCCACCUAAC